AUGAAGCCAGGUACGGAUACCUACCUAGGCAACAGAGUGAAUUUGGCUCAGGUUCAUCAUCCAUGGGCGGCUGUUCGAAAUUUGACAGUACGUGCCGCUUGCUUACGGAUACUUUCCCCAGCCAUGGAAGUUCCGUCUUCGCUGUCCGGGAACUACCUUAUGUGCCUGCUGCGGUGCAUCUUGGUCAUUUUUGCCCGCAAACCUUCCUCCAUAAUUUGUGCCUGGCCCACUUUGACUUCACGGAAUUACGGUCUCCAAUUUGACUCCAACUAUCCGUACGGAGUAUGGAGACAGAGUGACAAAGAUGCGUGCCUACCUUACUGCCUCGCCCUGGCCUGUGCCCCUGGAUCCUUCUCUGGGUCCCUUCUUUCCGUCCUUGAGCCUCGUGUCUGGCCGCAUGCCAUGCCGGUUCUCGCCCUGGCUCGAGAGCAGGCGCUGCCCUUGAUUGAUCCCGUCGUUGUGGUCCUGAUCCUCUCAAACUCCCGUCCCUCGGCAGCAGCGAUGCUAUAUCUGUUGCGGAGCGGAUGGGAUAGGAUUGAACUCCUUCUCAUAUUCCCGGGGGUUGGGGCUCCCUCCUUGUUACCGCACCUUCGUAACCUUCCUUCUUCUUCUUUCAUCUUUUCUGAGGUACCUAACUUUGCUACGGAGGAAGGUACGCAGUACUGCCACUACUGCCAUGAACCGCUCCUCGCCGGCUUGGCGUUUCUUACCUCAAACACCAUGCCCAUGCCUGUGGAAUUGGACCUUCGGCAUCCUACAGCUCCCGCAACGCAUACCACGCCCAGCGGAUGGCUGCGUACCGGUAUACUUUGGUCCACAACGCAGUUGCCAGCUAAACAACCGGUACACAGUACUCUUCCGCCAAGCAGGCUGAGUGAUGCCGCCCAACCAUCUUCCAUUCAUCGACCAACUAACUGCCUUUGUUUCGCAAUCCCACGUUCCAAUCUGCCGCCAAUUUGCCCGGUCGAGAGUCGGACUAUCUUGCCAACACACUUUUUGCCCGCACCCGCUUGCCGAAACCAAGAAACAGUCCAUGCUCGCCUCCCUCAUCUAGAUAGACACGAUCAUGGAUGGAACCUGCUCCUGAAGCCCCCGCGAUGUCCGCGAUGGGGAUCUAUCGACAGACCCGUCUACGGAUACGCAACUUUUUUUUCUUCCUCUCUCAUGACCGAUGACACCCACGUUUACGACUCAAGCCUAUGCUUGCAUGACCUGCACGCCGCCUGCGUCUCCGGAAAGCAUCAAAAAAACCAUCAACUAAUACCCACUCGCCAUUCACUGCAACAACACGGCCCAUGGCUUUCGGGCUGCCACCACUCUAUUCCUGUCCAGGACAUGCGCAUCCACCGCCUCCGGUUAAUUCAUAGUCCUCGUCACGCUCAGCUUGCAUAA